CUUCAUUUGACCUAUUUCCUGUUUUGCUGAACAAAUCUUCUCUGACGAAAAAAAAUGUUUUCGAGAAGAAUAAUAAGAUUUGCGCCUUCAUUCAAGUUAAAUGGUUUCAUAAAGAAAAAUAUUCAUCAAAGCAGUUUAAGACAUAAUUCCAAGGUAUAUGAACUGAGAGUAUACCAGAUAAAACCAGAAAGUGUAAAGCCCUUUAUGGAGUUGUCUAAAGAGUGGCUUCAUCUAAGAACACAGCAUUCAGUCUUGAUUGGCUAUUGGACUAGUGAAAUAGGGGGUAUAAAUGAUAUGGUACACAUCUGGGAAUAUGAUAGUUUGGAUCACAGAGCAAAAGUAAGACAAGCUUUAGCUAAUGAUGCCUCCUGGAUAGCUAAUUACUUUGGUAAAAUAUUACCAAUGAUGUCACGACAGGAGAAUUCUUUAUUGGUUCCUAACGGAGAACUCAAUCUUAAUCAGAAAGAUCUCAAAGGUGUUUAUGAACUGGAAGUUUUCAAUGGGAAAACAGUUGACCGACCUAAUGACAGAUUACUGGGAUCAUUUUCAGGACUGAUUGGACCAAUCAACACUGGCUGUAACCUGUGGUUCCACAACUCAGCUGAUGAUAUGGUUAACAGUUUAACAGAAGUGAAUACUAAACAAGGAUCUACUGCUACAGGCCAUUCACGCCUGUUAAUGCCAACUCCAUGGUCGCCACUGAAGUGAAUCCAUCAUAUGCUUCCAUCCACUCCAUGGUCACCAUUGUGUACAAUGACUUGAUGAAAGAAAGCGGCUAAGGAUAUCCAGUAUUAUGUAUAAUUGUGUUUGUCUGCGUAGCCACAUUGUAUUAUACUUAAUGAUGUAAGUUGUUCUGUUCAAGGCAAUGUAUAUUUUCAAUCUACUUUAUUUUUAAAUGUCAAAUUAUGCCAGGUGUUACAUUUUUUAUAAUGGAGUUUUAUUCUAGUCAUGGUUGUUAUUAAAUUUACAUUUUUGUGAGGAUUUUUGGGGAUUUAAAAGGUUAUCAGUGGCGGAUCCAGAAUUUUUCAUAAGUGGGGGCCCACUGACUGCCUAAGAGGGGCCCGCUCCAGUCAUGCUUCAGUGAUUCCCUAUAUAAUCAACCAAAUUUUUCUCAAAAAAGAGGGGGCCUGGGCCCCCUGAAAAACCCUCUAAAUCCGCCUCUGGUUAUACUGUUCAUGUUUAUUUCUAUUAAUGAUAGCAAAAAUGUUAAUAGUCAUUUGUUGUAAUAAUUUGUAAAUUAUGUUAAAAAGUAUAUUUUAAAUGUAAAAUUAUAAAUUGUUAUACUUCCACAUUUAUAUUCUGUUUAUAGUAGUAUUGUUUAUUGGGAGUAUUAAGGUUAAUUUUUAUAUUAGGAAACAGAUAUUUGUAGGGUAUGGAAUGGUUAUGGUUUUAUAGUCACUGUCUGGUAAUUUGGCAGAGUUUUUUUAUGCCCCCGCCAUAGUGGAGAGGGCAUUAAGUUUUACCCUUGUCCGUCUGUACGUCCUUCUGUCCCAAAGUUGGUUUCCGUUCUCUAACUUAGGUUGCUUCAACCAAAUGUUAUGAAACUUAUACACAAUGCUUAUUAUCACAACACACAGAUCAAGUUUGAAUUUUGGUGGCUUCACUUAAACCGUUCUAGAGUUAUGCCCCUUUACAAAUGGAAAAAUUACUGAAUUUUUUCGUUUCUGUCCUCUAAAUUAAGUUUGCCUCAGCCAAAUGUUAUGAAACUUAUACACAAUGCUUAUUACCACAAAAUACAGAUCAAGGCCGAAUUUUGGUAGGGUCACUUUUACCGUUCUUCAGUUAUGUCCCUUUACAACUUUAUAUGAUAUGCAAGCGGGGGCAUCAUCUGUGUCCCAUGGACACAUUCCCCAUUUAUUGUAAAAUAUUAUGAAACUUUCAGUCAUGUUAGAAAGAAUCAUCUUUCUGCCAGGUUCCUCUUGAGGCCCUAGGCAGUUCUCAAUUUAGGGGUGCUUGCCAGGAGCAUACAUGGAAUAUGAUAAUCCCCCUUUCCAAUAAGAAAGUAUUUUUGUUGUUACAUUUCUAUUUUUAAUAUAUUCCUCAGGAUAUUCAUAUUGAAAUAAUAUUUUUUAUCAUAAGGUUGAUCACAAUCUUUACUUGUUUAUACAUAUUUGAAAGAACUUGUCUUCUAUAAUAAGCAUUGAUUUUUUUUUAUAUUUACAAAUUUCCAUAGGUGCUCAGUUUGCAAUAUAUAUUUUAAGUGUUAUAUAUGAUAUUGAAUUUUAUAUGGUAUAAUUAGGAAAGGUUUUGCAAAAUUUUUGUUUGCUUUAUUAAUCAGUUAAUUAAUAUAAAAAGGUUAAUAAUAAUUAUUUAUUAAAAUAUAGUGGAAAAAUCAUGUAUUUAUAUUCACAGAAUAAUGUAGGUAACAUUAAACAAAUAUUUUUACUAUCUGAAUAUUCUGCAACUCGCAAGGGAUGCAAAAUAUUGAAAAUCUCUAUUUUUUUUUUUAUUGAUUUUUGGAUUACAAUUUAUGCCAUUUUACACUAGGACUCAAUUUUGCAGCUUAUUUUUGACAAAAUACAGAAAUAUGGUCCAUACCUAAACACGACAAAUCUCACCAUUGAAACUUAUUGUUAUUGUGAAAAGUUAUUUUUUUAAUACUUAACUUUGAUAAAAGUUAUAAUCAGGUGUAUGUUGAAUAUCCACUUAUUUGUACAUGUUUCAUAUAUAUCACAUUUAUUGUUAUAUACUUACACAAGGUGCUUUGUUAUUAUAUACUAUAAUAAAAAUAAUUGGAAUACUUGAAA